GCCACCAUGGUGGCUGCCCUACCGGGCAUGCUCAGUACUCUGGCUCAGCCUUGACUCCCUGACUAGCUGUACUCAGCCUGCAGCGCCCAGUCCCUUCAGUGCCCGGUCCCUUUAAAUCCAUCCGCGUGGUUGCUAGGCAACAGUGCGGCCCGCGCUGGAGCUGCACUGCAGAGGCUCUGCCCCGGGCCAGCCUGGCCCGGUCGCGUUGGCUAGCACUGAACAAGGGGCUGCCGCCUGCCGGUGGUGGCCGGAUUCGGGGAAGAGUGGAUAGGGCUCUCCAGACCGCACCCGCGAUUCCAGGAAAUCAAAGAGUUGCUCGACAAAAUGGAUGCUAGACGAAAGCACUGGAAAGACAAUACAUCCACUCCCUUUUUAAAUGAGCAUAAUGUUCUAGAAGAGGCUGCUCCUCAUCAGUCUUUCUCUGAAGAAACAUCUGCAGACAGAUCCAGAAAAAUGGGGAGAAUUUCUAACUUUUCCAGUAGAAACAUUCAGGAAGGAAAUAAAUUUAAGAGGAAAGACUAUUCUUCCCAGAUAGCGGAAAGAGAACAAGAUCCCAAUUUAAGAGAGAGAAGGAUGAACACAUCAAAGAAUGUAGCAAACACAAAAUCUGCCUUCUGUGACUCACUUGAUUGGGAUGGUGCAACCAAGAAAAGUUCUCACAAAAGGGAGAGUGCCUCCUCGUGGAAUAAGAAGGAAUUCCAGGCUGCAGCAAAAGGCACCAGGAAGAAAUGGACAGAAGCAAUGCCUCCAAAAAUCCGCCUGCACCUCCUGAAUGAAGAGCUGGGAGAACUUAACCUGAAGUGCCGGGAGAUCGAAGAGGACUUUGAAAAUGCCGAAAAAGAACUUUUGAACUCUCGAAAGGAAGCCUCGGCGAAAUCUGUCAAUUUUCAAGAACCAGGAACAACGGCUUCAAAGAAUGACCGGGAACUGCAAGCUUUAAAAAACGACCUGUCUGAAAAAGCUACAAACGUAAAAAGCUUAACCCAAGAGCUCCAGCAAGCCAAAGAAGUCAUGUACAAAUUGAAUCUGGAGAACAGAAACUUGAAAGACGCUGUCAGAAAACUGAAGCGUCAAACUGAACUCAGUACCAUGCUCCUGAGGGAAGAGAUGAAGUUGUUUUACCAGCUGGAAAUGGAAAAGAUCCGCUUAGAGCUGGGUGCCAUCAAGAAUGAGCUGAGAGCUGAGAAGAACCAGCGAGCAAAGAACACCAGAGCCCUGCAGUUGCUUGGAAGACACAUCGCUUCCUUGGUAAGGUCAUCGCAUAUCGCUGACGACUUUACUGGGAAUGUUUUUUAAACUUAAGGGGAAAAAAAAAAGCCUUUCACUGGGCAAGCCAUUGAGCCAAAUCGAUGUUUAUUGUACUAUGUAUUUGUGUACUUCUAAAAUGUAUUUGAUAGCUUGUAAUCUUUAUGGUGAAUCAGAAUACCUACAAAUCAUGCAGAUAUUAACUUUGAAAUGACUUUUUUUCUUUCUGAUGAAGUCAUUGUGAGAAUCCAGAUGGGAACUCCUGAAAUCUCUUUUAUAUGGAUGCACAUAUAAUAUCACUAAAACAAAACAACACCAAAAAAAAACAACAAACAAACAAUUCACCAGAUCAUGGAGGAAUUGGAAUCAGCAGCAUUAUGUGUUCUUGUAAGCCAUGUCUUUGGCACAUCGAUGUUCUCCCAUCUGUAGUCAUCAAUGUGAACAAUAAAAAUCUUGUUUACAUAGAUAAAUAUAAAAUAUGCCUGCGAGUUCUGUAGUUGCCUGCUCAAACUCAGAAGGAUAAAAAUGCAUCUGUUUUGUUUGGGGUCUAACCUUAAUUAGACACAUGUAAACAUCUUGGGAACACAAUCUCCCCUGCUGAUUCCCCGCUUUUUCCUUGGACUUGGACACAGUUCCCAUAGACAAAUGAUGAUUUAGAGUCACUGUUCUGACCUUUGCUAGAAGCAGGGCCUCUGUCAGCCAUGGCUCCUGCAUUUUCUUUCAUUGACCAGCAAGGGGCGUUUUGAUUACACCAUUCUUCCAGAGUUCAGCCAGGGGAAUUUUCCAAGCUCCUUGCCUGGCUUCCAUCACUGAGCUAGGGCUGCUGUGAAAGGCAUUUGAUGUCAUCUAGACAAACUUCUAGUGUGCUGGCUUGAUUUAGGUUAUCACCCACCCCUGUAAGGGACCCAGAAAAUGAUAAUGUGCUUUGUAUUUACAAAGAGGGAAAAUGUGCUGCUUCUGUCCUUCAGUGGAAAUGAUGGCUCAGGUUGCUUUUCUGCAAUGGUGGUGUUGACCAUCAAGAUU